ACUCUAAGUUUUGUCGGCGGUAAAACGUAAGGGAGGAGGAGGAGUCACGGUUUCCAGGGUGACGGACGGAGGGCGUGUCUUUAGGAGGUGAAAGGUAAAAGGUGAAGAGAACCCGGCUGUAAGAAGAUGGCCGAGAGGGAGCAACAGACAGGCUCCCACAAUGGGGACGAGGAUCUUUCGAAACAAAACUUUAUUGUCCCCAAGAAGGAGAUCAACACAGUUCCUGACAUGGCCAAGUGGAAGCGCUCUCAGGCCUACGCUGACUACAUGGGAUUCGUCCUCACCUUAAAUGAGAGUGUGAAGGGAAAGAAGCUGAGCUGCGAAUACCGUGUGUCUGAGGCGAUUGAGAAGCUGAUGGCCUUACUGGACACUCUAGAUCGCUGGAUCGAUGAAACGCCCCCCAUAGACCAUCCAUCCCGUUUCGGCAACAAGGCAUUUCGGACCUGGUACGCCAAGCUGGAUCAGGAAGCUGAGAAUCUCGUUUCCACUGUGAUCCCGCCAAAUCUGAGCGCGGCGGUGCCCGAGGUGGCCGUAUAUCUGAAGGAAUCUGUGGGGAACUCGACCCGUAUCGACUACGGCACAGGACAUGAAGCUGCCUUUGCCGCUUUCCUCUUUUGCCUGUGUAAGAUUGGGGUUCUGCAGGUGGAUGACCAGCUCGCCAUUGUCUUCCGGGUGUUUAAUCGUUACCUUGAGGUCAUGAGGAAACUGCAGAAAACGUACAGGAUGGAGCCUGCUGGCAGCCAAGGGGUCUGGGGCCUGGACGACUUCCAGUUUCUGCCUUUUAUAUGGGGCAGCGCUCAGCUUGUAGAUAAUUCCACCCUGGAGCCCAGGCAUUUUGUGGACGAGAAGGUGGUGAAUGAAAACCACAAGGAUUAUAUGUUUUUGGAGUGCAUCUUAUUUAUUACACAGAUGAAGACCGGCCCGUUUGCAGAACACUCCAAUCAGCUGUGGAACAUCAGCGCCGUUCCUGCAUGGUCUAAAGUCAACCAAGGCCUCAUCCGCAUGUACAAGGCAGAGUGUCUGGAGAAGUUUCCCGUGAUUCAGCACUUUAAAUUUGGCAGCCUGCUCUCCAUUCAGCCCGUCAAGACCUAAGGAUCCCCGGCGAAGGAGCGGAGAUCCCUCUGUCCGUAGAUACAUUGCCUUCCCUGCCGUUCCUAGCCAUGCAGACGCUUAUCUUCUCCACCUGAUCAUAACCGCUUUGGACGGAGGGAUCGGUACCAGCCCCUUCACAUUUGGAGGAGGGGGAGAGAGCACAAGAUAAAUUUAAGACUCAUCCCCUUUCGCCAUGUUUGUUUAGGGGGGAGUCUUUGGUAUCUUUUAGCAGGACUACUUAGUUGCACCUAGUUUGGGGUAUCGGGUUCCCUCUAGCAGCAAAGGAGAUGGUCCGGGUAAAGUUUUGGUUGUGGGAUAUCGAUGUCCACAGGUAGUUUCCUCUGCUCUCUUCGCCUCUAGCGAUGACCUAUGGAUGUAGUCUAUAAGGAGACCUCCUUGUGCAGACAGGAUGGUUUCCUGGAAGCCCUUGCUCUGUUUAUGAUGAAUGUGGGGCUGGAGUUCUGCCUUCAUAAAGGGUUUGCACCAAUAAAAUCUCAAGACCCUGGUGGCUUGACUAUAUGU